AUGUUGCAGAGCAAGUCCUUCAUGAAGAUGACCAGGCACGGCAGGGCCGUGAAGGUUCGUCAACACCCCCUCUUCCCACGUCUUUCUCUUUUCGAAGCCUCUCAGACCUACCUCUGUUGCCGUCUCUUUGCCGUCGUCAGGUGGUGAGGGAGCAUUACCUGCGGGACGACAUCUAUUGCGGGGUGCAGUACUGCAAAGUCUGCGACACAAAGGAUGCUCGCCUCGGCUCCUCCGAGUCCACCAUCCUCGUCGUGGACACCAACGUUAUUCUCCACCAGGUGUCAUUUCAAACGCUGCCUUGGCCACCCCGUGUCGACUUCCUCAGUCGGAUUUUCUUCUCAUCCGUAUUCUUUCUUUCUGGACUCCCGUAUAGAUUGAUUUAUUGGAGAACCCAGCGAUGGAUGACGUGGUGGUGCUCGACGUGGUGAUGGAGGAGGUGAAAAACAAGAAUCUAUCGGUUUACAACAGGCUGAAGGCCCUCUGUACUAGCUCCCAGCGCAAGUUUUUUAUUUUCUACAACGAGUACCACAAGUGAGUACCUGCCAGUUGGCAAUUGUAAGUUCAAAUUUCCAGGGAAAACCUGGUUCGUUCCUCUUUGUAGUAUUUAUUUUUCUCAAUCUCUUUGCUGGCUUUCUAUAUCGAUGUUGUUACUCCGAGACUAUUGUGUUCUAGUACACCUCGUGACGUUUUUGGUCCCAGUUGGGCAAAUUUUCGACACAGUUUGCAGUCUUGGCUGGAGAAAUGUGACAAUACUCCGAAUUGAAUAGCCUUUUGAAAUAUUUUUUUGUUAGUUUCUUCAUCCAUACAUCAUAUCUACAAUGUUUUCUGCGCUUUUACAUUUUAAUGCCUUUUCCUGUAGGGACACGUACGUUAAGCAAAUGGUUGGAGAGACUUCGAACGAUCGAAACGACAGAGGUAUAUUAAUCUGAUUUUAUAUGUUUAGUUUUCAUUGUGAAUAACUUCGGUGCUCAAUAAAUAUCGCGACGAGUAUCUCUUGCCAACCAUUUGCAGAACAAUAAAAUGAACAUUAAGUUUCAUAAAUUUGAAAAUAUUUUGCUUCUCAUUGGUCUUGUUGUUAAUCUCUCUGGCAGAGUUGCAUCUAAUGUAAAUCUUAUUCAUAUUCAUCCAUCCCACUAACAAAUCUCAAUUCAAAGAGAUGAGAUUUGGGUUCUGAAAGAAAAUAUAAGUGGAUUUGAAGGUAGGAAUAAUGAAAUCUCAGGAGAAGCUAUAGAGAAACGCGGAAAAAAAAGGUGCUUCUCAUCCUCAUCUUUCUAUCUGCGUUUCCUCUUAACUUUCCAGAACUUGGGAUGGGGGUAAGAAUUUUAAAUGCAACUGUUGGGUGACGGGGUUGUUUUCCAGGAAUCCUACUUCAUUGGGUUGUUGGGAUGAUGUCAAGUAAGUUAGAGUAAACUGUUAGGCGCAUGAUUCGCAUAUUGCUACACAGAAGUUCUUCAAACAUGAAGCCAUUUUUCUCGGCUACUCACCUACCCUAUAACUCGACAUUCCCAAACCUCCGAAAGUGUGACAAGGUAUGUAUUAAUUGUGUGCAAAUGGUUAAAAUUGAUGAAUAUCUUUACCGAGAGCAUUUACCAGGGUGAUGACAUUUAGGAUCAAGCCCUAGGGCAGUGCAACAAUUUUUGACAAUGUAAUGCUUUUACUUUUCUCCAAGUCUAUUUCAUUUAUCAUUAAUACAGAUAAGUUGGCGCUUAGGACGCAGGGUUCGCCCCUUUCAUCGAACAGAGCAUACCAGAUCAUAGGAAACCAUCACUUUAACUUAUGUUUGGCAUUUUUUUUUUUCGUCGAACAUCCCAUAACUUUAUUCCUAUUAACACAACCUGACAAUACAGCUAUACGAGUGGCAACUCAAUGGUAUCAAAAUCAUUUGGCUGGAAGUUCACGGGUGCUACUUAUUACCAAUGACAGAGAGAAUAAGAGAAAAGCCAUAGAAGAAGGUCUCUCUGCAGAGACAGGUAAAAUUUAUAGGAUGGAAGAUGCAUCUCAAGAUUAUUCAUCUAAGUGAAGUUUUACUGCCACAGAAAUGUAAUAUUCGUAAAUCGUGCUAAGUGAUGUCUACUGUUCUUUUGUUUUGGUCUCAGUUGAGUCAUAUGUAAAAUCACUUGGCCAGCCUGGCUUGCUGGACUUGGUUGUUGUUUCCUCCUCCGAAGAUGUAAAUGUGAUGGAAGUCGAAGAAACAAGGCCUUCAAAGAGGAAAGCCAUUUACAGUGAGGUAUGUCUAUUAUUAUAAAUUUUCACGAUCAAAUCUGCGUAGAUUACCUAGUUUGCUGUUUAUGGAUAUUGGGCUUUUGCUUAUAUGAUGGUAUUAAUUUGUUAUUUUUUUACAUGCCUUACACUAUGCAAUCCAGCACAAACCCAUGUCAGAAAUUACUCAUGGUCUGCAUCGUGGAAUUUAUCAUCAAGGAAAACUUCGUGUCAACCGCUAUAAUCCAUUUGAGGCAUAUGUCGGAAGUGAAAGCAUUGGUGAUGAGAUAAUAAUUUAUGGACGGUCUAACAUGAACAGGGCUUUUGAUGGAGAUAUAGUUGCAGUUGAGCUCUUGCCUCAAGACCAAUGGCAUGAUGUGAAGAAGUUAAGCAUAGAAGAUGAAGGAAGUGGUAUAAAAUCUAAUUCAUAGGAUUACCAAGUAGAGUUGUUUUAUGUAUAUGAUUAUUCAUGUUCAUGUAUUUUGACAUAAUAAAGCUUCUUACAGAGGAUGAAGAGGAAGGUGUUCACUUGGUUCCUGGAAGUGCUGAUGAUGCUCCACGGGGUACAGUUCCAUCAGCUGUCCCUUCUGAAACGAUGAAUUCUACCUCAUGUCGCCCAUCUGGAAAAGUAAUUGGUAUUAUAAAGCGUAAUUGGCAAUCGUAAGUGAAUAUGAAAUUUAUUUUACCCUAUCUUUUUUAUGUUUAUACAUGGUGUCUCGAUUUCAUUAUCUUAUAUUCACAUGCAAUUCGUCGUGCCUUGUUGAAUUUACUGGCUUCUAGUGACUAAUUCCUAAUUCUUAUUACCUAGUUUUCUUGACGACAUAUUAAAGGAGAGGCUGGUAAAUCUUAUUACGCAACCUGAUUCUGGUAUUUCUAUUCAAUCCUGAUUUCCAGAUGGUCAAGGGUUGUUCUCGUCUUUUGGGCAUGACUGACUCUAUCCUGAUUUUGAAAUAGGCAUAGGCAUUUAUUGCGAUGGAGCAAGACCCAUCUUUCAUUAGGCACAGUAGCCGAGAUUGUCCAAAACACCAAAAACUAGUCAAUUUUUAUCAUUUAUUUCAUACGCUUCUAAGUGGUACAGUCUUUUCCUGGUUGAUUUUGACUUAAAUCAAACUGAGGCGGACCGGUUAUGAAAGAUCUUCAUUGUAUCUACUUAUUUAGUUGCAAUCUGAUGCGUUGAGAUAUCAGGAUCGAAAUUCGACGGUAGGAAGUGAGUUUGGUUUUCAGUUGUAUUUUAAUUGAUGUACGUUUUCAAUAAAUGUUUUGUUUUUUUUUUAAAAAUCAUAAAUGGUAUUCGAGGUUAUCCUAUCCCUACAUGUCAUUUUUGAAUCCUCGUGCUGGAGCACCUCUGUGUGUGGGGCAGUCGUUCCCAGUAAAUGUUACUUACUGGAAACUCGUGGUCACUGCUGGGAAGGGGUUGUAUCUUUAGAAUUUUUGAACAUGCCAACCUAUACGAACUGUCAGAGACUCAAUGCAUAUUUUUAUGAAUCUUUCUUUUGACUGCAAUGCUAUGUUCUGCUUUUCUACAAUAGUUAGGGUAAAACAUAUACUUUGAGUGCACUGGGAGAAUCAGUACUCAAUGCAGGUAUUGUGGAUCUUUGGAGCCAAUGUCCAUGCCAGCAGGCGACGGUGGCGUGGCCUAUGCAUUAUUUAUCUCCAAAGAUCGUAGAAUUCCGAAGAUAAGGAUUCAAACUCGACAACUAGGGAAUCUUCUGAAUAAGAGAAUUAUUGUUGCUGUUGAUUCGUGGGAUUGCUUGUCUCGCUAUCCAUCUGGACACUAUGUGCGCACUAUAGGAAAUAUUGGUGACAAGAAAACAGAAGAUGAGGCAAGUGUAGAAGUUGCAUUUGUAGUGAUUUUGAGAUAUGUAUAUUUCUUGGGCUUUAUUUUACUGAGUUUCAUGGUAGUGCGUUUGUGUGAAAUUCAUCUUGGUGCAUGUCUUAGGUGAUUUUGAUUGAGAAUGAUAUAAACUCAAGACCUUUCUCAAUGCAAGUUCUGGCUUGCUUGCCGCCAUUACCAUGGAAUCUUUCUCCUGAAGAUUUGAUGAACCCCAACAGAGUAGAUUUACGACAUGUUAGGGUCUUCAGUGUUGAUCCCCCCGGUAUGUUAUUGGAACUUCAUGUAUUAUCCCUGUUUAAUUGCCAUUUCUAGUGAAGUUAUAUUUUUUUCUGUUUCAGGGUGCACGGAUAUUGACGAUGCACUGCACUGUACUUCCCUUUCUAAUGGGAACUUUGAAGUCGGAGUUCGUAUCCUUCAUGUCCCUCGUUUCUGUAUGGUGGCAGCAUCUUUUGCUGCUGGUCGUAGCCCUUAAAAAAUGUAUCGGAUUUUGGUGGCCUACAAUCAUAUUACUGACUUGUAAAUCGAUAGGAAAUCAUAGCAAAGGAAGAAUAGAGGGCUAAUGGUUCUAGUUUCCUACUUUCUUUAGCUGAAGACCGGGUAGGCGAAAGACAAGCAGGUUGUGAAUGUGUGCUAAGCUGUUUUCUCUUUUGAUUAACCUGAUAGUUUGCUUCCCUUUAAGUCUUUAAACAUUAAAUCACCACCAAGUUUUCAUUUUUUUUGAUUCUGUGUCCAUGACGCCUCUUCUCUUCAUUUAGUGAUUGGUCUAUGAAGGUCCUCCAAUUUUGUUGUCUUGGUUUCCAGACUCCUCUUUACAUAAUUUUCCCAACUUUUUCGUAGCUCAAGAUAUGUACAUAUGCAUACAUGCAUAUGUAUAUGUGUGAGUAUGUGUAUUACACGGGUUUAAAGGCAGUGCCUUUCUUCUACUCGGAUAAUAUCUAUUGUGCAAAUUCUGUUUUAUUUUUCUGUUAUCAUUGGUUGAGGUAGGAAGACAUUGGUUAUUACUGUGAUAUGUCUUGUCCUCUCAAACUGGGACAGCUAGGUUCAGUUAUGUAUCCAGAUUUUUGGAGAAGGUUUGGACAUUGUGCUCGCUUUGACAGUCGAUGAGAUUACUUAUCACCAUCCCAAGUCUUAUUCUGUUAAACCAGGACGGCUAGUUUCAGUUGUGUAUCCACAAUUUUGGUGAUACUUUUUGACAUUCUACCUACCAUAUGGUGAUCCUCCAUCUGUCUGUGUUACAUGAGUGUGCUACGAGGUCUCACCUAGUUCCUAGAUUGCAUAACUUUGGACAACAGAGUAGUUAUUACUCCUACGAUACUGCUUGGUUGGAGUGAAUAUCUAUAGUCAUGGAAGGAGUUCGCCCAGUUCCGUAAUUAUACUGAUUUUUCCUUUUUUUGUGUGUGUGUGUCGGGGGUGGGGUAGUCAGCAUGCAGCCUUUGACUGGUUUCCCAUCAGAUGGGAACAAUACGUUCACCUGUUAUAUAAUUAUGCCAAAUGAGCAGCGUGUUGUUCUUUAGGGAGGUGAAAGGUUCAUGAUAAGUUUUGGCAGCACCAUAUCAAUCCUGAUGCAGUUGAGCAUGAUGAUCUGCCCAUCAUUUGGCAGCUGAUCACUUGAAAACUGAUGGCAGCCUGACAUUGCUUUUGUUUCUUUUGAUAGGAUAUUCUUGGUCUGAUGUUUUUAAGUGACGAUAUUAGACUGCAUAGGCAAAUCCUAGGCCUAUGAAUUGUGAUUUUUACAAAAAUGGUACUUAUAUCGUAUAGUUUCCUUUGUACAACGAUAUCACAUUAAUUUCCUAGGCCUAUGAAUUCUAGGAUAGGAACACAUUAAUUUACUUCAGUUAAUUGAGGCACUAAACUAAAGUAUUUUUAUAUUCGUAAAUUCACAGAAGGGUAACAGUUGGAAAAUAAUUGUCUCGAAACAGGUUGAAAAUCAGAAAUUAAUGUGUCGUUUGAUUUAAUGCCUAUGAUAUAGAUGGAGAGUUCAACUGAAAUUGAACGUUCUAUUGCAGAGGAUCACGGUAAUUUGGAUGGUUAUGUUACUUUACCUUUAUGUUCCCUAAAUGUUACGGAGCGAAUAUUAUCUGGCACAUUGUUUACAUUAAUGCUAUGUUAGUACGGAAUUCUUUGCUGCGUCGUUCUCAGCCAUUGGACAUAUUAUCUGGUGUUCAAUCACUGUGAAUAUUUAAUAUAAACUGGAGUCAUACUAUGUCAUCUUCCUGGGCUAAAGAUCCGCAGGAAAAUCCUGUUUUAAUAUAAAUAUUCUUUCUUUUGACCAGCUUAACUGAAGAAUUUUGGGUGUUAUUUAACUUUUGUAAGACAACUCCUUAACGCACGUUUUUCAGAUAUUGCUGAUGUCACAAAUUUUGUUCAUCCUGAGACCCCACUUGAUAAGGAAGCCUCACAGAGGGGCACAUCUGUUUAUCUCGUUGAUCGCCGGAUUGACAUGCUUCCAAAGCCUCUGACAGAAGGUAUUAUUUUUUUCAUUAUUUGAGUUGUACUGAGAUGCGACUUAAGACGGAAGACAUAAUAGGUUAUAAAGAUCCUAAUGCUAGCCAUCAUUUUCAGAUAUAUGUUCUCUUCGCUCUGAUGUGGAGAGACUGGCUUUCUCUGUCAUAUGGGUAAUUUCUUAACUUGGAGCUUAUUUGAUUUUGCUCUCUUAGAAUAUAUCGGUCAUUAAUAUGCAAAAGACGAAUGAGUUCUCAGUCUUCUUCUACCACGUACAGGAUCUUAAAAGAGUUCUAACAGUACUCCCAACACUGUUUCCUUCAAUUUCAGGAGAUCACUCCUCAAGCAGAAAUUACAUCUACGAGAUACACAAAAAGUGUCAUCAAGUCGUGUGCUGCGUUGUCUUAUGUUGAAGCUCAAGCGCGGAUGGACGAUAGGUGCUUACAUCUGCCACCAACUUAUUAUGGAGCUGUGCUUAAUGGAUUUAGUUACUUACUGUUUCAUUUAAUCAGCGUAGGCAGCAUUUAGUGAAAUAACUAUAAUAUACUAAGAUCUACUACUUACUCUUAGUUUUAGCAAAUCUACGUCCAGGAAUUGAUAUCCCAUACACAUGUUCAACCACCGUUCAAUUCCUGUCUCUGUUGGAAGAUGCUCUCAGAUGGAACAUGGCAGUUCACAAAAAAAACACGUGCGAAUUUUGACCAAUAGUCAUUCCGUGUUGACAUCUACGCUUAAUUUGAGGACGUGAAUAGCCUCUGUUAUUUUGAACACCUAGUACCUUUUCAAGCAAGCGGCUUAAAUCCCGCUUUAUUCACGUGGGUGUUGUUUUGCAGCCGUUUAAUGGACCCGUUAACCACUGAUCUGCGCAAUUUGAAUUCACUGGCAAAGGUGUGCUUAUUAGAUUUUUCAGAACUUUUUGUUCAUUGCCCUUCCUGAAUGUCGCUAUAACUUGAUUCCUAUCAACGAACUAAAGUUGGAGUGUUUGAACUCCUAUUAAAUAGAUAAUGAGGCAGAGACGUAUUGAAAGAGGAGCACUUACUCUUGCUUCUGCAGAAGUGAAGUUCCAAAUUGACACCGAAACACAUGACCCACUCGACAUAGGUGCAUAUAUAUUUGCAGAGUGGCUGUGUACAUUCUGUCGCUGAAAUUAAUCAGGCAGAAUUGAUUAAUGAGCUUCCUUUUCUUGCAGGAAUAUACCAGAUUCGGGAAGCAAACCAGAUGAUUGAGGAAUUUAUGUUGGCAGCUAACAUUUCAGUGGCAGAAAAGAUUUUAAAGCAUUUCCCAUUAUGCUCCUUGUUGAGGUAUGUUCAUGUUGAAUCUUGAAUGUUUGAUCACGACGGACAAUAUUUUCUCCUCAUAGGAAAAGCUUCAAACGAGUAGGAAUCAUUAGAGUCCUUCAUCACGACUUGCAUCGAAUAAAUGGGCAUACAUAUUUUUAAACCAUAUAACAAGCAUCCAAUGGGAUCCUUACUUUUUGAAGGACUUUUCUCCAGACAGUGGUACUCUUUUGGCGUCAACUUAUGAAACUAGUCUGUGGCUGCCCUAGAAACCUGUAAAUUUGCAAUAGUUGCUAUAAUGGCUGUCAGUUCUUCCCUCUUAUCUGUAUGUUUUGCCUGGGCAUUGGAAGAAAGACGAAGUGAUAUUUUCCUAAACCUGAAACAUGGUUUAAUAUCUGAUGGAGCUUAUAUAUAGGCUGGCAGUGUACUAACGGCUUCAUGAAUUACGACACUACCGCAGUAAUAAAAAAUGUAGUCUUUUUGUUACUGGAUAAGGAUUUCGAUUUCAACGGGCUUCUUGCUUAUCUCCAAUGAUGAAUGCAGGCGUCAUCCUAGCCCGACAAAAGAUAUGCUCGAACCGCUGCUGCGGAUAACUGCAUCCAUCGGCCUUGAUUUGGAUGUUUCAUCUUCUAAAGCAUUGGCCGAUUCACUCGAUCAUGCAGUGGUAACCAACAUCUUACAUCUUUUUAGAUUAUGUGAUCCGAUUUUGUGUUCUCCUCAAGUAAUCCACUGUAUUCAUUGCAAAUGAAUUCAGGGUGAGGACCCCUACUUCAACAAGCUGAUUCGGAUUCUCGCAACGAGAUGCAUGACUCAGGUGCGUCUACUCGAAGCUUGAACUCAGUGCGAUUGCAAUCCCCGUACAAAGCUCUAAAUUCUGGAGGCUCCUGUGUGCUUUUGAGCUGCUCAGGCUGUUUACUUCUGUAGUGGGGAUCUAAGUCCCCAGGAGUUCCAUCACUACGGACUCGCAGCGCCUUUGUACACGCAUUUCACGUCGCCCAUACGAAGAUAUGCAGGUGCUCAUUUGCUUAUCUUUUCUGUAUAUUUUUUAAAUUCGCUUAAUUUUCGUUCCCAUGGGGGGCAGUUGGAUCGAAAUAAAAGCCGCCUCUGGAGUAAUUAUCAUUGUAUAAAAGUUUUAUAAAAGAAAAAAAUCGCCGCUUUGAGUCCCCUAUGCAUCUUUAAGGUUAUAUUCCCGGGAGAUCCUGAAACCCUCUGAAUGCCAGGUGCUGACCUUUUUUUCUCUCUCCCUAUUGGAACCUUUCUCUUGUCCAUCCCCCUCAGAUUCCUGAAGUCAGAUGCACCUGGUCCCAUGUAUGUUGCAGCAUGACUUUAUGUGAAUCAAUGUGUGAAUGCGAUGCCUUCCUCCUCUCUCUCUCUCUCGCUCUCUGUGUCAAGUUUAUGAAGAGGAGGAUGGUGGCAAUAAGCUGCUGGAACAAAUUCAGCUGCACAUCUCCUUUUUUCACUGUUUCAUGGGGUGGAUUUACGGGCCCCCCUUCUCUCUCUCUCUCUCUCUCUCUCAAUCUAUCUAUAUUUAUAUGUAUCAACGUGUCCCGGUGAUUGCUUGCUCGAGAAGAUAGGAAACGAAAUGAGUCAGUUCCACUCUUUCUUUUCAGAUGUUAUUGUUCACAGGUUGCUAGCAGCUGCCCUCGGAAUAUCAAAGCUUCCGCCAGUUUUCCUGGAUAGAAACCAGCUCACGAGCGUUUCAGACAGUAAGACCCUGGCCACACUCCGAUUUUCUUUACAUGGGGUUGGAUCUGCCUGACUUCACGACUAACCCUUCUCUCCAGACUUGAAUUACCGACAUCGGAAUGCCCAGAUGGCCAGCCGGGCUUCUGUCGAGCUCAACACGGUCAUAUAUUUCCGAAAAAGGUAAUCCAUCACCACCGUCGAUAUGAACUUGGAUCGCUCCUCGCCCUUCUGAACUUUCUCUGGCUGCUGCUUCUCUGCAGGCCCACCGACACUGAAGCCAGGAUUGUGAAGAUCAGAGCCAAUGGGUUCAUAGUCUUCGUGCCCAAGUAGGAUCCCAUUUAUGGAUUUGCUCUUUUAUUCCACUUCUCGCUCAUCCAAGUGGCAGUUUUGCCGGUAUCUACCGUGUUGACUGACUGUUCUUCCCACAGGUUUGGGAUAGAAGGCCCGGUGUACUUGGUGAAGAGGGGAGAGAAGAGCGACUGGCUGGUAGACGAGGCGAACCAGAGGGUGACGAAGGCGGGCAGUGGCGUGAACUACAGGGUCCUGCAGGCUGUCAAGAUCCACAUGGAGGUCGUCGAGCACCAGCCCAACAGACCCAAGCUCGAGCUGACUCUCAUCUAA